AGAUGGGAGGGAAAGCACCUGAAAACCCUUCUUAAUUGCUGUGCAAACGGAUGUGGUUUCUUUGGCAGACCAGCAACCCUUAACCUCUGCUCCAAGUGUUAUAGGGACAUCUCUCUCCAAGAAGCCAAACGCUGCUCUCCCAUAAAAACCUCAAAAACCGUGCAACUAUCACUCCUCCCCUCAUCGUCUUCUGGAAGUCCUGUUGAAAUUUCUAACCCCACAGUCCUUGCCGGUGCCAUUAAUGAAUCAUCUCCGGUGGUGAUGAUGAAGAAUAAUAAGUGUAUGAGUUGCAGUAAGAAAGUAGGGUUGCUAGGGUUCAACUGUAGGUGUGGAAGUACUUUCUGCUCAAAGCACAGGUACCCUGAGAUGCAUGAAUGUUUCUUCAACUACAAGGUUGUGGGUCAAGAAGCUAUUGCUAAGGCUAAUCCAUUGGUCAAGUCUAAAAAAAGAUUGAGAGCUUAUGAGUUCCAUUUGAUGGCUAUAUCUGGUAAGCCUCCUCAUCUCGUUAUUUCUGCAUGCAUUGAGGACACUGCAUAA